AUGAGGAGCUCAGGAGCAAGCAAGCACGGUAACAUGGGGGAGGUCCUGUUGCCGUCGGUGGCGGCGGUGAUAUUCCCGGUGGAGGUGGACGGAUGUUUGGUAGACGUGGUGGGUAGUUGUGAGCGGUGCGAUUUGUUGACCUGGGAUGAGGGUUGUGGUCGUUCGUUGGAGACGUCGCUGGCGGCGUUGGAGGAGGCACAGCAUGAUCGUGCCUUGGACCGUGCGGGUUGUUUUCCGGGUGCGACGGAUGUGGAGCAGAGAGCAGUACGGUUGGCGCGGCGGACAGUUUUGAUGAACAGUUUGUUCCUGAUGAGGCUGCUCCCGUCGGUGGUGGUGGGGCCGCAUGUGGCAGGCGUGUCCUCCUGUCAGGGGCUAUUCAACCUGCUCGAUGUCCUCCUCGAGCAACCGGAGGUCGAAAACCUUCUUCUCGCUUCUAUACGGCAAUUCCUGACCGCCACUCGAGCCGUCUGCAACGCAUAUCCCCACGACUGCGGGAUAACCGCCCUCCCGAGAGCACAACUCGCCGGCUGGAUAGAAUGCUACGGCUCCUGGUCCCUUAUCGCUAACUCAAUGCCAACUCAACUCAAAGUCGCCCUACCAGUACCCAGCACCUUCGAGGAACUGGCCGCUUGCUACAAAUACCGCAAGGUCCUUCACUAUACUGGCGAAGACGGAACCGAGCACACAAUCGCCCUGCCCGCCGCCACCCCCUCAGAAGACCAGUUUUUACCCCCCUCCAACUAA